GAAAAAAAAAAGUUUGAGGUAAAACCGUGAAAGUUCCUGUUCAGGUCUCGAGAGAAUGGUGAAGGAAAGACGGCGAUUCGUGAGCGACUCGUGGAAAUAAACGACUCAAAGAGAUGAACCAGCCAGCCAACGGACCCGUCAGAAAGGUGUCUGCUACUGAAGAAUGUAUUGGGCCGAUGCGUCUGACCCAGGAACCUACGCAGGUGCUGCUGGUCUUCGCUAAAGAGGAUGGACAGAGUGAUGCGUUCUGGUGGGCGUGUGAGCGGGCGGGCUUCAGAUGUAGUGUCGCACGUACGCCUGAGUCUGCGGUCGAAUGCUUCUUGGACAAACAUCAUGAGAUCGUGGUCAUCGACGGGAGGCCUUCACGCUACUUCGAAGCUGAAGCGGUCUGUCGGUUGAUCCGAGCCACCAAGCCUUCUGAACACACUGUUAUUCUUGCUGUGGUGCCACAAAUCCCUCUAGAUCAAGAGGAGCCCUCCGUGCUGCCUCUGCUGUGUUCUGGUUUCUCCAGAAGGUUUAUGGAGAAUACCAGUGUGUCAGCCUGUUAUAAUGAGCUGAUACAAAUAGAGCACGUGGAGGUUCGCUCCCAGUUCAAACUGAGAGCCUGUAACUCUAUCUUCACAGCGCUGGAACACUGUCAGGAAGCUGUAGAGAUCACUAGUGAAGAUCAUGUCAUACAGUAUGUAAACCCUGCUUUCGAGCGGAUGAUGGGCUACCAUAAGGGGGAGCUGAUCGGGAAGGAGCUGACCGAGUUUUCCAAGAGUGACAAGAACUGUGCUGAUCUGCUGGAGUCCAUCAACACCUGCAUCAAGAAGGGCAAGGAGUGGCAGGGCAUUUAUUACGCCAGGAGGAAAUCAGGAGACAGCAUCCAGCAACACGUCAAAAUCACCCCUGUUGUUGGCCAGGGAGGGAAGAUCCGUCACUUUGUGGCAAUCAAGAGGCCUCACUGUGACAGCAACAGACAGGUCCACAAGAUCAGUAGAGAUGAGAGAUGCUGCGGAGAAAACGCACAGUCAGAUUGCAAUUCCCUACGUCAUAAGGACCGGAGGAAAGAGUCUGUGGACGUCAGGUCGAUCAGCUCACGCAGCAGCGACGCCCCCAGUCUGCAGACCCGGAGAUACUCCUCUAUGGCACGAAUUCACUCUAUGACUAUAGAGGCUCCAAUCACUAAGGUGAUAAACAUCAUAAACGCAGCACAGGAGAGUAGCCCGGUAACAGUUGCCGAAGCCCUGGACCGUGUUUUGGAGAUUUUACGCACAACAGAACUCUACUCACCACAGCUGGGCUCCAAAGAGGAUGACCCCCACACCAAUGACCUUGUUGGAGGACUCAUGAGUGAUGGGCUCCGACGUCUCUCGGGAAACGAGUAUGUUUUCUCCAAAAGCUCCUUUCAGAAUAUGAGUCAGAGCCAGUUGGCAGUACCAGUGCCGCUUACGGACGUGCCAGCCUCCAUCGCAGAGAUACUGAACAAGGAGGAAGACUGGGACUUCAGCAUCCUAGAGCUGGAGGCUGCUACACACAAGAGGCCGCUGACGUAUCUGGGGCUGAAGAUCUUUGCUAAUUUCGGAGUUUGCGAGUUUCUGAAUUGUUCGGAGGCGAUGCUGCGCUCGUGGCUGCAGAUGAUCGAAGCCAACUACCACGCCUCGAACUCCUACCACAACUCCACGCAUGCUGCCGACGUCCUCCAUGCUACCGCCUACUUCCUGCGCAAGGACAAAGUCAAGGGCAGCCUGGACCAGCUAGACGAGAUAGCGUCGUUGCUAGCGGCGACAGUUCACGACGUGGACCACCCGGGCCGGACAAACUCGUUCCUGUGCAAUGCCGGGAGCGAACUGGCCAUCCUGUACAACGACACGGCAGUCCUCGAGAGCCACCACGCUGCACUCGCCUUCCAGCUGACCGUCAGAGACAGCAAGUGCAACAUCUUCAAGAACAUGGAGAGGACUCAGUUUCGGACCUUGAGGCAGGCUAUCAUAGACAUGGUGCUGGCCACUGAGAUGACCCGUCAUUUUGAGCAUGUUAACAAGUUUGUUAACAGCAUCAACAAGCCCAUGGCUGCCAUUGAAGAGUCCAGCUCUAAUAGUGAUGGCAGUGACUGUGAGGGCCAGGCCAACAUGCGGAACUCUCCGGAGAAUCGUCUGCUGAUAAAGAGGAUGAUGAUAAAAUGUGCUGACGUGGCAAAUCCCUGCAGACCCCUGGAGCUCUGCAUCGAGUGGGCCGGUCGCAUCUCAGAGGAGUACUUCGCUCAGACGGAUGAAGAAAAGAGGCAGGGGCUGCCUGUGGUCAUGCCUGUGUUUGACCGGAACACCUGCAGCAUUCCCAAAUCCCAGAUUUCUUUCAUCGACUACUUCAUCACAGACAUGUUUCACGCCUGGGACGCAUUCGCUGGCCUGCCCGGCUUACUGGAGCACCUGGCAGAGAACUACAAGUACUGGAAGAGUUUGGACGAGACGAAAUGUAAAAGCCUCCGGCCGUCUCCCCCUCCGUGACCUCUCCGACCAGCCCUGACUGUCCGCUCCCCUCCUGAGGCCAAAAGGUCAGAGGUCAUGCCGGGGACCUGAAUGUAGCGUGUCUCUUUAAUCAACCUCCCCACUGUGAUGGUAGAAUGCCAGCUGGAUCGUGAAGGUUCCUACUCCAAACGCAGGCUAACAGUCCAGGGGCGCACCUUCGGCAGCAGUCACCCAGCCGAUGCCCUCACCCCUGACGACAAUCGCCCCGGUUACAAGGGGACAACAUGAAGGAAAAGAUGAAGCGCACUUUAGCAGCGGACCAACCUCCUCUACAUUUCUUACUCCUUUCUUUUUCCCCUAUUCGCGCCCAGCUCUGGUUCUCUUUGAUACGCUGUUGUUCUACAGGACUGUUUUAUAAAAUCGUUCCGUACGGACCGAUAGUGUAUUACAUUUUAUGAAAAGGACAGUCGGACUUAAACACAUGAAUGGAUGUAGAGAGAGUGAUAUUUACAUACAGUGGGUCGCACAACGUGCUCAGGAAGCAGGAGUGAGUGUUGGUGUGUACUGAAGCUCGACACUUACAUUUAUUUUCACAUUCAAGCCAUUCCUCUAUUACCUUUCUAUCACAACUAUCACAAGAUGAUUAGACCAGAUCCGGGUGUCAGUGACGUUUUUCUGACUGUGCUAUAGACGUCUGAAGUCGGGUCCUCAGUCUGCUGUCGACGUCAUGCCUGUACAUGGAGAGUCUAAACAGAUCUCCCUAUGGGAAAAAUGAAUUAAGCUUUUCCGAAAUUCAACCACAGUUGUGUCCCAUGAUCAACAAAAACCGUUCCAAAUACAUUUUUCCCCCCAAAUGUCACUGUAUCCUUUGAAUUAUGAGGCCUUUAAGGAUUUUGAAGUGCGAUUGUCACAAUUGCUGCUGCGCACUGGAUUGACAGCAUAAGUCUGGCGACCAAACAAAUCAGCAAGUCUCAUCCAGUGUUGUGGUUAAUCCUUUAAAGUUGAGGCUGUUUCUGCUGAUUUAACUGCUCUUGUCUUUUAUUAGCAUGAAACUGGUAUUUCGAACAGGAAUACACACAAAUAGGAGUAUAUAGCAGUCACGCUGCUCUGAUUACUAUUCGAUAAUAAGCACCUAUUAAUCCCAACUGCGCUCUCAGGA